GAAAUUAACCAAUAUUGGACUUAUAAAGCUAAACAAAAUGAUUAUCUUUUGUUUAAAACUUCCCCUGAUAAGCAUGACUUUGAAGCUGAAAAAAACUUCAAAUUAGAAGAGAAAGCGGCUCAAGUAGUUAAAGAAUUAAUUAAAGAAGAAAAAAAUGGGCAAAUUAAGGACACUUUAAUCAAAAUCGUUAGCAGUUGUCUAGUAAGGAAAUAUUUAAGAGUUACCGGUAGGUUUUGGUAUUUUUUUGUAGGAAAACCAAAUGAAGGAUAUACUUAUGAAUAUAUUUAUGCUGAUCUAGAAAUAAAAGCUCUCGAUCAUUGUCUCUGCACUUUUAACUACAAAGAGAAAAAAAAUCAUGAAGCACUUUUUUUCCUUAAUGAG